GAGGAGACCAGUUCCUGAGAGCAGGCACGCGGGGGCACAGACACACUCACUCGCACACACGCACACACGCGCACACGCCAGCCUGCGGGCUUGGCCAGAGCCCUGAAGUCGCAGAUCCCACUUGGAAAUCGCCAGAGGCGCUGGGAGAAGUGGAGGAGCGCAGCUCCCAGACACUAAUUACUACUUCCUCGGCACUCGGGUGAAGAAAUGAAGCCCGCCCAGCUCUUCGCCACAUCCAAGUCUCCUUUCUGUUUCGGUGUCCACAGUCAUCUCCCUGAAAGCCAGAUCCAGGGAGAAGGCAGGCGGGCAGCCAGCUGAGGACUUACAGCCGUGCCGCUCGCUCCCAAGCCGGUCCAACCUUGAGCCCGCCAAAGGCUCCUAGCUCCAGCCAGACUCCACCAGAUCGCAGCCCCGGGCGACUAAGUCAGCGACAGGUUUAAAUGUUUCUUUGGCCGCUUGACUACUGAACACAAAAUGAAUAACUCAACUAACUCCUCGAACAAUGGCUUGGCUAUUACCAGUCCUUACAAGACAUUUGAAGUGGUAUUUAUUGUCCUUGUGGCUGGAUCCCUCAGUCUGGUGACUAUCAUUGGGAACAUUCUGGUCAUGGUUUCCAUUAAAGUCAACCGCCACCUUCAGACUGUCAACAAUUACUUCUUGUUCAGCCUGGCCUGUGCUGACCUCAUCAUAGGUGUUUUCUCCAUGAACUUGUAUACCCUCUACACUGUGAUCGGCUACUGGCCUUUGGGACCUGUAGUAUGUGACCUUUGGCUAGCUUUGGACUAUGUUGUCAGCAAUGCCUCCGUUAUGAAUCUCCUCAUCAUCAGCUUUGAUAGAUACUUCUGUGUCACAAAACCUCUGACCUACCCAGUUAAGCGGACCACAAAAAUGGCAGGCAUGAUGAUUGCGGCUGCAUGGGUCCUUUCCUUCAUCCUCUGGGCCCCAGCCAUUCUCUUCUGGCAGUUUAUCGUCGGGGUGAGGACUGUGAAGGAUGGAGACUGCUACAUUCAGUUCUUUUCCAAUGCUGCCGUCACCUUUGGCACUGCCAUUGCAGCUUUCUAUCUGCCUGUCAUCAUCAUGACUGUGCUCUAUUGGCACAUAUCCCGGGCGAGCAAGAGUAGAAUAAAGAAGGAAAAGAAGGAACCCGUGGCCAAUCAAGACCCGGUGUCUCCGAGUCUGGUGCAAGGAAGAAUUGUAAAGCCAAACAACAACAACAUGCCUGGUGGUGAUGGUGGCCUGGAGCACAACAAGAUCCAGAAUGGCAAGGCUCCGCGGGAUGGCGUGACUGAAAACUGCGUUCAGGGGGAGGAGAAAGAAAGCUCUAAUGAUUCCACGUCAGUUAGUGCUGUGGCCUCCAAUAUGAGAGAUGAUGAGAUAACCCAGGAUGAAAACACAGUUUCCACUUCCUUGGGCCACUCCAAAGAUGACAACUCUAAGCAAACAUGCAUUAAAAUUGUCACCAAGACUCAAAAGGGAGAUGCAUGCAUCCCAACGAGUACCACUGUAGAACUAGUUGGGUCGUCAGGUCAGAAUGGGGAUGAAAAGCAGAACAUUGUAGCCCGCAAAAUUGUGAAGAUGACCAAGCAGCCUGCCAAAAAGAAGCCUCCUCCAUCCCGGGAAAAGAAAGUGACCAAGACAAUCUUGGCGAUCCUGUUGGCUUUCAUCAUCACGUGGGCUCCAUACAAUGUCAUGGUGCUCAUCAAUACCUUCUGUACACCCUGCAUCCCCAAUACAGUGUGGACAAUUGGCUACUGGCUCUGUUACAUCAAUAGCACCAUCAAUCCUGCCUGCUAUGCACUUUGCAAUGCCACCUUCAAAAAGACUUUUAAACACCUCCUUAUGUGUCAUUACAAGAACAUAGGCGCUACAAGGUAAAAGACCUUUACAAAAGAAGAAAUGCAGUCAAGUAUGUCUUAGGGAUGGACAGGGACAAGAAAGCUGUGUUUAUAGUGAUCUGCCCUUGCACUUUACAAUCUUACUACAACGUGCAAUUAAGGAGUUUUAGAGACACUCUCAUGUGCCCAUGCUCCAGCUUG